AUGGACGGUACACUAGGUGUGGCCCCUCACGCGUACGACGCGAAAUUUGCUUCAUGGCUCGUUUCACAAUAUUUUGCGGCAACAAUCCUUCGCAGACUUCGUGGGGGUCCGUGGAAAAGAAGGGCCGUUCGCGUCUUGGUGUCCUACGCCCACGAGAACGGCAGCUGCUGUGAGCAGGGCAUCGUCCACCGUGCGUACCACGUCUUGGAGGAGUACACCGUGCUGCUGCGUGAUGGCUCCAAGGAAGAAGUGAAGACAGAUCGGUGGAACAACCGAAAGCCGGCCAAGAAGAAAGACGAGAAUUCCGAGUAUCACAACAUCGAGUUCAGAUACUUCAAGCCUCACGAGCUCACGGUGCUGAGUGGCCUGAGACCCAACGACCUGGUUGAGGCCCACUUCGCCGUGAAGACGAAGGACGAGACCCAAACUUCGCUGGUGAAGAGCCGGCGUACCGAGCCCGCGAUCGUGGUGAACACCACCACGACAAGCAUCGCAGUGAACUUCACCUCGGAUCACAUUGUCAGCAUUUUACCGCGAGACUUUGUGGCACGGAAGCCCAAGGCUCCCAAGGCAAGGUGGAUCCCACCAACGACACCCGUCCUAUUGGACGAGCAAGGUCCAUCACCUAUUGGGUCGGAGCCUGCGGGCAAGCAAGGCAUUAGGCCCGGAGUGAUCGCCCGGGCGGAGUUUUUUGGCGGCAAUGGCAGCAAAGGAACGGCUCCGGAGUUUGCGAGUGCCAUGAACCUCUUCUUUGUUAGGCGUCGGGCAGAAGCGUCCAAAGAAGGAGUGCAUCUGAGUUUCCCCAUGCUUCGCCAGGCCUGGUCCGAGCUCGGGGACGAAGAGAGAUCUAUCUACCAGGAGGAGGUGAAAAACCACGCGAAAGGAAGCGCCUUUGAUGCGAAGCAGCGGCUGUUGCAGCAGCAGGCGCAGCAGGAACUUCGCAAAGCCGAGGUGAAACGAACGCCUAGCAGAUACUCCCCGCGCUCCAAGCGACCAAAGUCGUCGCUGGCCACGAGUUCUCCGCUGCCCACGCCCCGCUUCCCGCCGCAACGGAGACCGGGCCCAGAGGCCCUAAGUGAAGCUCUGAAUGCCCUGCGAAAGGUGGCCAAAAGUGAUGAAAAUCUUCCACCACCAGCGGAUUUGCGAUGUGUGGCGCAAAGGCUCCUUGGGCCGCGCUUGUCGUUCGACUGGACCUCCGAUGAGGAACGCGAGCUGGAGGUGGUUCCCGACAAGGCGGGAUGCUGGGCUCAUGGAGGCGGGUGGAAGUGGGGGUUGAUUUAA